GCACGCAGCGCGCCGGGAUUUGUAGUUUUCUGCUUGUCUGCCCAUUUUUUGUUUUACUGUAGUCCUCUAUACGGUGACAGGCAGGACGGGGGACGGUGGCCCUUGACAGCUGGAGCCCCUGGGCUGGCAGAAAUAGUAUGUACAGCUGUACAGGAGGAGGGGCCUGUAGAGUGAUGAAUUUUUCCACAUUACAUCCGACUCCUGGAUCACUGACCUCUGUGAGGUUUAGGGAGGUUGUGGUGUACUUCUCCGAGGAGGAAUGGAGCGCGCUGGACCCUUGGCAGAAGGAACUGUACAGCAACGUAAUGAGGGACAUUCACUCAGCUUUACUCUCUUUAGGCUACACCAUUCUCCAUCCCGAUGUGCUCUGUAGGGUCAGACGAGAUCAUGAGCCAUAUAUCAGUGGCCGGCAGGAAGACCGCAAAGACUUUAGUGUUCCAUCUACCAAUGCUUCGGUUCUAGGUUCGGACAUUAUAUUUAAGAUUAACCAUGGUGAAGAAACGUGCGGAAAUCCUCCAAACAGCUUCACUAAAUGUGCUUCACUCCUCAGCCCGGACAUCGUAUUCAGGAUCAAGCAUGAUGAGGAGGACUGUAUUGACAGAGAAAAUGGUGAACAUAACUCUCCUAAAUCAGAAAUUCCGACUGAAAUGUCUGAUGAUCCUAAUAAAGAAGAAACAUCUGGUGGGGAUCAGAAAGAAGAUCAGAAGCCUAGUCCCAGUAAUGAAGAUCUCACCUCACAGAUAAGCGAAGCUGAUCACCUGGUUUUCAACCCCAAAUUUUCCAUUUGGGUCAAGCAGGUGGAGGCAGUGUCCGAAGAAGCUCCUGAAGUCUUAUCAACCACAUGUACAGAUGGAAAUGUUACCGAAAUAAAAACUGAGAUAGACUUCACCCCUGACUGCAAUACGUCGCUUCCAGCACAGAAUCUCCCAGAAGCCACUUCAGAUAAGAACACCAGGGCAAAAAGACAUGAAAUACCAGAGACGAACCUUAUGGUGCAUAGAGACGAGCAUGCUGGGCCGGGGGAGGAAAGCCUGCUGUCCAUCGUCCUUAGAGGAGCAGACGCUGAGAGUCUGUAUAUACCGAAUUAUCCAGAUUAUAAGAAUACAAGCAGCUACAAAGUCCCGGACCACUCCCGAGGCGUCCCCCGAAUGGAAGAGAAAGCCAGGAGUUAUCAGCCACCACGGUCCUCCUUCCAGACCCCCAAUAAUAAUUACCUGCUAAGCAGCUUCCGUGCCCACCCAGUGCCCCUCCAGCCCUGUGCCCAUCAAACGGACCGACCAUUCAGGUGCCGCACUUGUGACAAGGGUUUUAAGACCCUGGGGAUGCUGAACGUCCAUAUGAAAACACACAGCGGGGUCAGACCCUAUCAGUGCAGUGAAUGUGGGAAAAGCUUUAGGGAAAACUGGAAUCUUAAGGUCCACCAGAAAAUACACACAGGGGAGACCCCCUACAGAUGCAGUAUAUGCGAUAAAGCAUUUAUUCAGUAUGCCACGUAUAUGAAGCACCGGCGUAUACACACGGGGGAGAAGCCAUAUUCCUGCUGUUACUGCGACAAGAGCUUCACCAAUAGCUCCAACCUGGUGAGACAUCACAGGACGCACACGGGCGAGAAAUCCUAUUCCUGUAAGGAGUGCGGGAAAUGCUUCAGCUAUAACACCAGUCUUAUACAGCACAAAAGGGUCCACAGGGUGGAACCAACGGUCCCAGCAACACAUGACUAGGACUGCCUGCUGAGGACUAGAAUACCUUUUACUUUUAGACUUGUGAUGUCAGGCACUUUAUACUGUAACCCAGUGGUCUCCAAACGGUGGAACUCCAGCUGUUGCAAAAAUACAGCUCCCAGCAUGCUCGGACAGCCGUUGGCUGUAAUUGUUACUUGCUGCAGCGCCGUAAAUUUUGUGCAUGUCCUUAAAGGGGUAUUCUGGUGGAAAACAUAUUCCUUCUAAUCAACUGGUGCCAGAAAGUUAAACAGAUUUGUAAAUUACUUCUAUUUAAAAAUCUUUAUUCUUCCAAUACUUAUCGCUGCUGUAUGCUCCGCAGGAAGUUGUGUAGUUCUUUUCUGUCUGACCACAGUGCUCUCUGCUGACACCUCUGUCUAUGUCAGGAACUGUGUGGAGCAGGAGAGUUUUGCUAUGGGGAUUUGCUUGAACUCUGGACAGUUCCUGACAUGGACAGAGGUGUCAGUAGAGAGCACUGUGGUCAAAUUGGAAAGAACUACACAACUUCCUCUGGAGCAUUUAGCAGCUGAUAAGUACAGGAAGGAUGAUGAUUUCUUUGAGAGGUUCUUGUGUAUGCCUUCUUCUUACCUUUUGUUAGCUGAUGUGGCAAGCAGGGAAUAGGCCCCAUGUUGGAUGCACACAGAAUCUCUGGAAUAACUUUAUAAUGCAGCUUACAUUUCCCAGGAAUCCUUUUGGCUUUUAUAAAUGGGUUGGUCAGUUCACACUA